GCCAUUUUAGGAGGAAAUCGGGAGCGCCGGCUUGGGGCGCGGCUUCAAUUUCAAUAACUUUAUUGGUCUCCCUGUACGCCGAACAGCCGGCGUGCGUGUAGCCCCGCGAGCCCGCCGCGCAUUGUCCGAGGUUGCCCCGGACUCGAGCUGCAGCCAUGGGAAACACCACCAGCGAGCGGGUGUCCGGGGAGCGCCACGGUGCCAAGGCUGCGCGGGCCGAGGGCGGCGGCCAUGGCCCCGGCAAGGAGCACAAGAUCAUGGUGGGGAGCACCGACGACCCCAGCGUCUUCAGCCUGCCCGACUCCAAGCUCCCCGGGGACAAAGAGUUUGUGCCCUGGCAGCAGGAUCUGGAUGACUCUGUGAAGCCCACCCAGCAGGCCCGGCCCACCGUCAUUCGCUGGUCUGAAGGAGGCAAGGAGGUCUUCAUCUCUGGGUCCUUCAACAAUUGGAGCACCAAGAUCCCUCUGAUUAAGAGUCACAAUGACUUUGUUGCCAUCCUGGAUCUUCCCGAGGGAGAGCACCAGUACAAGUUCUUUGUAGAUGGACAGUGGGUUCAUGAUCCGUCAGAGCCUGUGGUUACAAGUCAGCUUGGCACAAUUAAUAAUUUGAUCCAUGUCAAGAAAUCUGAUUUUGAAGUAUUCGAUGCUUUAAAGUUAGAUUCUAUGGAAAGCUCCGAGACAUCAUGUCGAGACCUGUCCAGCUCACCCCCAGGGCCUUAUGGUCAAGAAAUGUAUGUGUUUCGAUCUGAGGAGAGAUUCAAAUCCCCACCCAUCCUGCCCCCUCACCUACUCCAAGUUAUCCUUAACAAGGACACUAAUAUUUCAUGUGACCCAGCCUUACUUCCGGAGCCCAACCAUGUUAUGCUGAACCAUCUCUAUGCGCUGUCCAUUAAGGACAGUGUAAUGGUCCUCAGCGCAACCCAUCGCUACAAGAAGAAGUAUGUCACCACGCUGCUGUAUAAGCCCAUCUGAAGAAGACUUGCCAAGGAUUCUGGAGAGUCCUCUCCCUUGCCUUUGGACUGAGCUGGUCUCCUCUGAGGCCGGCAGGCCGCUUUGUUUUGAGGCUGAUGUGUGUGUGUCAGAGCCUCUUGAGUGAGGUGCUCUGCUUUGCAUUUGAUUGCAGGUGAGAGCUUUAUGAGUUCAUGGAGUUUAUUUUAAGAAACACAAAAACCACAUAUACGCAUAGGAGAGGAAGGUUACCGGAAGCCUCCCAGCCUGUGUAUGUUCUCUGCCUGUGGGUAGUGGCCAGGGCCUGACUGGACGCUGCAGCUGCAGGAGUGAGAAUACCGGGAGCUUUUUUCCUCACGUGAAAGAAUAGCAAUCUUCGGAUCCUUGCCAGGCAGAGACUCUGCCGCUGUACCCUGGUGUCCAAGGUAGAGCAGUGUCAGGCCCACUCGGCUGCCUCAGGGCGGAGUAGCCUUCCGUGCAUGGAUUGAUUCUGUGUUCCCACGUAUGUGACACAGUCGCCUGUGUUUAUGUGACACUAGAGGUCCCACAAGACCCCUCCUCAUUUUGUGUGCCCCAUUUAGUAACUUUCACCAGAUCUCAUGCGUCCUCACUGCGUGAGGAAACCCUUUGAAAAAGUUGUGUAGGAUUAGAUUCAUGAAGAGAAUGGAGGUGCCAGGGUCUCCUUUUUAGCCCAGCUCAGGCCCAACCCAGUUUGUUACUGUUUAUUUUAAUGUCUAAAGAAAAAAGAAUGGCUCAGUGUUAAAUGCAGGCCUUUGUGUUUCAGUUUGGUCCUGUAUCGGGCUGCGCGCUCCCAGGUCUGCCGCCUGGCCCGCCUCAGUCUUUCUUUAUCGGAGCAGACAGUUUGUGGUAGAUGUGGAAUUAGGGAAAUCUUCCGUGUCUUUCAUCCCUGAAAGAUUUUAUGUGCCUACAUUUUUCUUUAAUUAAAAAAGCGUAUGCAUUCAUUUUAACAGGCUAGUGAAGAACCUUGGGCUUUUGAGAAAUGGUUCUUAAGGUUUUCUUCUCUAGUCUAGGCAGUUUUACUGUCUAGGGUUAAUACGGCCGUGUGUACCUCAUUAUGCAAGCACUACCCUAGACAGGAAUUUGUGCAGGCUCAUGGCUGCCCGUGCUAGAUUUCCCUGCCUUAAAGACCCGUAAGGCAAGGAACUACCCCACGUGUUCACAGCCACGCACAGCGUUGCUCUUUGCACCAAAUGGUAACAAGAAUUUUUUUUUUGCCUUUUUCUUUUAAAUGUGUUUGGUGAUGGAAUGGGGUCACUGGUUACCACGACUAAAAAGUAUUCAACCCACUCAGGAGUCAAAGAAAAUGUUUCUCCAAGUAUCUUGACCCUUCCAUUUUACAGAUAAACGCAAGUCACGCAUUAAGCACUGUUUGUGGCUGAGAGUCUUUGUGUCUGCUGUGAUGAGCCUGCCCAUUGAAAGGCACCCGCAGGCCAGUGCCGCUGCCCCACGACUUCCCACACAGCAGCAGUCCUCUGCACACCGAAGACCUCUUUGAUCACAAGUGUGAACCAGGAAGAAGUGGGCUGUUUGACAGGGAAUGCAGAACGCUAGACGCCUUGGUGGGGAAGUGGUGGGAGGGAGCACUGUCCCAGCCAUCCAUGUCACCUCUUCAGCUGAGACCUCCGCACAACCUUUCUUAUCCAGUAGGCUUUCUGGGGGCCCUUUUGAAAACCACGCUGUAAUCCUGUGACAGCCAACUCUAAGGCUCUUCAGUUACCCUGGAAACAAUCUCCCUCCACCCUCCCAACCCCCCGCGCAGUUUUGGAAGUGAGCAACCUAGGAGGAUUCAGUCUUCAUUGUUACACAGUGGUAUUUGUUGUGUCUGCAGUUCUUGUUAACAGUGUGAGCAAGGCUCGUCUGUGUGUUUCUGUAGCACGUGCUCACUCCACACAGGUGUAGCAGUAGAAGGGUGGGGAGAGCCGUCCUCAGUCUCUCAGGCUCAGGCUUCCAUGAAUCUGGUAAGGCUGUGGUGACAGAGGGUGUGGUGUUGGUGACCUUUAGAUCCUUUUCUUCUGGAAAUGAGUUUCCCUAGAGCCCUCCCCAGCCAAACUUAAAAUUCCAGCCAAUGUGGAAGGAGACGGCGAGGGGGCCAGCAAAGACUCAGCAGCGCUGCCCCUGUCCUGCUGUUCCCUGGCCCUGAGAAGCUCUGUCGCUGUCACCAGGAAAGACCUGUGAAGGGAGCAAAGGAGGACACCGCUUUGUUAUCUAUAGAACUCUUAAUAAGUCAAGGCAAAAACAUUUUGAUCUUUUGAAAAUUGACUUUUUUUUUUCUUCACCUGUGGGAAUUUUGCAGAGUCAGAGUUGGAAUAAAACAGCUCUCGAGGAGAGCUAACUCUUACACAUCUGGGGUAUAGAGUGAGGGCUAUGAGGAAAGAGCAGUGAGCAAACUGAGGAUGGAGAGCAGUAAACUCAAGGAUCAAGUAAGUUGGACUGAAAAGAUACCUGUUUAAAAAAAAUUUUAAGCCAGGCACAACCUGGAUCCUUGGAUUUUAUUGUACAGAAAAUUAGCAGCCCAUAAAAUGUCUUCUCUAGCUUCUUGUUGCCCCUGUUUUCUACCUUUUUUGACUUCCUUUAUCAGUAAGACAAGUUCACCAGCAUCUCGGGUCUGUGACCUCAUCAGUGUAGAGAACUUUCCACCAUGGCUGCUCGCUUCCUGUCACCCUAGACUGGGUAGGAUUUAGCCACUGUAGGUCACACCCCUGAAGGCCAUGGCUGGCUUCAAGAGCACCAGCCUCUUAAGUAGGACAUAGAAAGGAAGAAUCCCAGUUUCUGAGAGGAACUUUGGGCCACCUGCUCCUGUUGGUUUUGAUUUCUUGUAGAUCUAAUGGGUCUUAUAUAAACCUUUGGAAAGGUGUCAGUAUUCCCUGCAUGCUGCUAAAAUCAAGUGAAGUGAAAGGGGGGAACAGGGCUUUUAAAUGUUUGACCUCAAAACAAUAUGCAAUAGUCCGUGUGUGUGUGUGUGUGUGUGUGUGUGUUCGUUCCCCACACGCGUAUGCAUGUGUGAUAUUCACUUUAUUCUCAGAGAUACUUUGUCCUCACAUUCUUGUGAUUUGGGGCUUAUGAGCAGUUAAAUAUUUUGUUCGUAUGUUGACUAAUCCUCAAAGCCAAGUUCUUGCUGUCUUUGAUCAGGCUUCAGACUCCAGUUCCUCAUGAGUAGGAGACCUGGCAGAGGUGAGGCUCUUUCAGGAUUCUGUGGGUCUAGGCAUUUGUCUGUCCGUAAGUGACAGUCACAACUGGAGAGUGAAAGACUGAUUUCUGCAGUGAACAUAAGUGUUUGAAGUAAAAAGCCAAAUCUUUUUUCAAUUACAGGAAAGAAAAAAACCUCAAGUCUUACUUGUAGGAUCUACGUCCUCUAGGAUUUUAAGCUGGCCUUGUCUCAGCUUGUUUCUUACUAGUGCUUUGAAGUAAGCUUCAGUAAAAAUAAAAAUAUUAGUUCCAGCAUUCGUUGGAGUUGAUCUGAAUUGUGUGUGGCACAGAACUUCUGCAGAGAGAUGGAUGUGAAGUACCAAGGCUUAGCGAUUUGUAGGUGUAAGAUGACGCAAUCGGAGAGAAGUGUGUGGCGGGUGCUUCCGUAGAGCUCCUUUCCCACUUAAGGACAGCCAAAGGUCAGUUAAUUGUCCUAAUUCUGUCCUGGGUGGCGUGUCCGAGUCGUGGGUGAAUUAGGCUGGCACUGGUUGUUUACACGAUAGCACUUUGAGUAUGGUGUAAAGCGGGGUGAUUUCACUUGAAGGCAGUUAAAUAUGCGUGAGUCUUUCAAAUGGUGCUGUUUGUGACCUUUGAUGCUGAGGUACAAAGCUGCUUGAGUGUUUCACAAACAGGACACAAGUCAAGACUUCAAAGCUUUUCUUCAGACGUGCCUCAUCACUGGACUCUGACAGGCCUGAAAACUGUAUAAUGUAACAAAAAAUGUGUGUUGUUUUUUCCAUAAAACUGUUAAAUAAAAGCAUUAUACAGCAAUAGUA